AUGCGAGGCGUCCUUCGGCUCCUUCUGUUCGCAUUGUUCGCCGUUGCAAGCGAUGGGCUCAAGUUUUUGGUCUUCAACCCACGCAUCGGCCGAAGUCAUACAAUGCAGAUGGGCAAGUUGGCCGAUCAGUUGGCCGCAGCCGGUCAUGAUGUGGUAAGUGGCGAUUUUUUUGUAUGGCCGUGAUUACCAAAAGUAGCUAUAGGGUUGAAUCUUUUUCAGCGAUUUUUAGCUCAUGCUUUGCAGAAACGACCGAGAUUUUUUGGCCGAAAUUUUGCAAAAUUUGGCACUUUCAUGCAAUUUUUAUGUAAGAAGUUUUGUCCCUAUAGUGACGGACCUGAUCCAGUCUCAAGAAAGGCACCAUUUUGCAUCCGCGAAGUAUCAAAAAUGCAGCAAAAUACCUCCCUCUCCAAGUGAAAAAAUUCGGUUUUGAAAGUCGUGCGUCGCUCGCUAAUAAAAAAAACGACCGCGCUUUUGAAAUCGGAGUUUCUCACUUGGAGAGGGAGGCAUUUUGCUACAUUUUUUUGUUACUUCCCGGAUGAAAAAUGUUACGUUUUUGCCACUGAAUCAGGUCCGCCACUGCACUUCUACCGUAGAAGUAGUUGCUCCACUAGAAAUCACCUUUUUCCACAGGCAAAGAAAUGGCCAAAAAAGUGUUUUUCUCUCUCACCGCUCUCCGAGUUUCGCCUACUCUCUCGGCGGAUAAGCUCGCUGAAUAUCCAGACGGCUAUUUAAACCUGGCUAACUUUCAGGAAUUGAUAUUUUUGCAGCCAUAAUGCUAUGACGCUCCUGUGGAACGCAUAACCCACAUUAUAAAGCAUAGGAGUGUGCUAUAAAACAAACGGCACUAAAUUUUCUUCUUUUUGUACCGUAAACUCUCUUCCAAGCGACGUGAAUAUCAGUCUGUCGGGAAAAUAACGGCGGGUCGUCGCAGCAAAAUCAUCACCAAAAUCCCAAGCCGCGGGUUGCAGUGAUGGGCGAUUCCGAGGCGCGACGAUCCGCCGUUACAUUCCUGCCAGACUGAUAAUAUUCCAGGUGAAUUUCCAACCACUGGUAUACCCACUCGCCACCACAGGAGUCUCGCACAAGUCAGUUCGAACCAUCGAAUUCAAGGCAAAAAAUGUGACCAUCCUCCAGACCAGCGCAAUGACAACCGGUGUGUGGCUCGAUGAUAUGUUCAAAUUCCAGGGAAUUGGAACGGUCAGUAAAACAACUUUGGGCUAGAUCGAUAGUCAUGCUCAAUAAUGACAAAAGCUUUUCAGGCCAUUCGAGCUCUCGGCAAUAACUAUCUAGACUACUGUCUGGAAGCAAUUUCCGACAACGAAUUAAUGGAGAGUUUCAAGAAAGAAAAAUUCGACCUGAUUAUAUCCGAAUUCUUCUCCGCCUGUGGCGCUGUUCUUGGGGAGAAACUUGGGAUCUCCAAGAGCAUUUUGGUGUCCGGAAUGCCGCUGCAAUUGGACUUAACUGGACUAUAUGGAAUUCCGUCAACACCAUCGUUUGUACCAGGUAAAAGACGAUCGCAGAGACUUGAUUUUAUUCCACACAGUGGCGGAUCUUUUACAGUGGCAAAAAACGUACCAUUUUUUCAUACGGGAAGUAUCAAAAAUGUAGCAAAAUACCUCCCUCUUCAAGUGAAAAGACUCCAAUUUCAAAGAGCCCGCUCUUUUUUGGGGGAAAGGCUUUCUUCAAAACGGAGUUUUUUCACUUGGAGAGGGAGGUAUUUUACCACAUUUUUUGAUACUUCCUGGAUGCAAAACGGUACGUUUUUUGAGAAUGGAUCAGGUCCGCCACCGCAGAAGAAUCAUACGGUCCAAGACAGCACGCUUAUCUUACAAGGGAAGUCACUUUUUUCGCAGACGGACUUUGGAACGAGAUCUAGUAGGUUUCAAACGUGAAGCGCCUGCGACCAUAAAACUGAUUUCCAAAAGUGUUUACGGGACUUCUCGGCCGAGAAAAUCGACCGCAAAGUUUAGCCGAAAUGGGCGAAUAGCCUCCCCAAAAGAAACAGCGUAUUUCAUCUGCAGUGGUGGCCGAGUGGUCAGUGCGCUCGCUUUUUGUGCCAGAAGACGUGAGUUCGACUUCGGCCGUCUGCGGAUGCAUUUCUUUUGGCCAUUUGAAAUAAAUAGCGAAUGCCGUUAACACCGCAUGUGCUAACUAUUAGCAAUUUUUAAUAAAACACGAAUUUAGAAACUAUAUCUUCAUUAACCCAGGCCUGUUUUGACUUUACAAUAUUCAUGAACAUUCAGCUUUGAAUUUAUGUUUAAAUUGCUGUAAAAAAAUUUAAAAAGUGUAUACAUUUUAUGUUUACAUACUAAACCAAUACUUAAGAACCAAAAAAGAGAAUAAACUGCGCAGAGGAUCGCACCCGCCUCUUCUGGCGCAAAAAGCGAGCGCACUGACCACUCGGCCACCACUGCAGAUGAAAUGAGCUGUUUCUUUUGAGGAGGCUUUUCGCCCAUUUCGACUAAACUUUGCGGUCGAUUUUCUCGGCGGAGAAGGCCCGUAAACACUUUUGGAAAUCAGUUUUAUGAUUGCAGACGCUUCACGUUUGAAACCUACUAGGUCCCGUUCCAAAGUCCGUCUGCGAAAAAAGUGACUUCCCUUGUUAGAGUAAUAGCAUUUUCUUUCAAUUUCUAGAUUCAAUCCAUACCCACGGCGUAAACGGAUUCUUCGAGAGGAUAAACAGCCUGAUUGGCUUUGUGAAAACAUCGAUAUUCACCGAAAACUUGGUCAAUCUUCAGGCAGAGGCUCUUGAGAAGGUGGAGACAAAGAGAACUUUCAACGUAAGCACCAACCACCCACAAAUUUGGCUCUAUAAACUCUGAUUUACCCCAUUUCAGGAAAUUCUCGCCUCCGCUUCCUACGUCUGGGUCAACACUGAUGAAUUCGUCGACUUCCCGAGACCAAUCUCCCACAAAUACGUGAACAUUGGAGGGCUGGGAAUGAAAGAAAGUCUAAAAAAGGCGGGCAAAUUGCCCGAGGAGAUUGAAAACAUCUACAAAAGAGCCAAGAAAGGGGUAGUUUUCAUGUCGUUCGGAUCCGUCGCGCAGAGCAAAUUCAUGCCGGACGCGAAUAAAAAGGCGAUCUUGGAGGCGUUUUCGCAACUUCCCGAGGUGGAAUUCAUUUGGAAAUACGAGAAUUUGACCGAGGAAUUGCCAGGGGUGAGUUGUGAAAAAAUCAAUUUUCAAUUUUCUGCAUAGUCCUUUCAUGGACUGCAGCAUAGAUUUCAUUGCAAAAUAAAAAAAAUUUGGGCUCAGCCGGUGAUCGAAACCGGGGCCUCUCGCACCCAAAGCGAGAAUCAUACCACUAGACCACUGAGCCGUAUUCUCCGCUGCGCUCUUGAAAAGAUACGCCUAAGGGUAUAGCAAGAAAUACGACGAUAACUAGUCAUCCUUCUUUUAGUUUUCAGCUAUUUUUUUUUGCGAUUCUCGAUAAAAGGUCAACUCUAUACCCUCUUAUCGAAAAUCGCAAAAAAAAUAUCUGAAAACUCAAAGGAGAACAAUUGAUUUUCGUCGCGUUUCCUGCUAUCCCCUUAGGCGUAUCUUUUCAAAAGCGCAGCGGAGAACACGGCUCAGUGGUCUAGUGGUAUGAUUCUCGCUUUGGGUGCGAGAGGCCCCGGUUUCGAUCACCGGCUGAGCCCAAAUUUUUUUAGUUUGUAAUAAAAUACGAACGCAUAUCUACACCAGUCCUUAUUCGUACCACUUUAACACAGCUAUUCCCUUUCAGCCAAUCCCAUCCAACGUUUAUCUUUCCAACUGGCUCCCUCAACGCGAUAUCCUCCUUCAUCCCAAGACCCUGGCUUUCAUCACGCAUGGUGGUAUGAAUAGUAUCACUGAGGCCACAUGGAGCGGCGUCCCAAUGAUUUGCAUUCCCUUAUUCGGGGACCAGGCGAGAAAUGGGGCAAUGAUCAAGAGGAAAAAGGUGGCUGAAGUUUUGAGUAAAUUCGACUUGAACAAAAAGGACGUCAUCAUUGAGACCGUCAGAAAAUUCAUCAAUGAUAAGCAGUAAGUCUGAAUUUUGAAAAAAGUACUUUUUUUAAAUACGGUCCGUCUACAGUGUGAGGCAGGAUCCGUGUAUCAAAAGUGCUCCUGAUUGCCUCCUGGAGGCAUUCCGAAUACCACUACGUAUCCAGCUCUCUGACCGAAAAUGCGUUCUUCCGAGGAGUGUAUCGAGAAAGUUGCCUUUUGGAAAGAAAACAGAGAGAAGCAUUUCGGCGAUUCAGCCUCUCUUCUUUCCAAAAUGGCGACUUUCUCACCCUCUCAAACGGCAUUUUCUGCCACAGGAGGAUAUCUACAGUGGCGGAUCUGAUCCAGUGGCAAAAAACGUACCAUGUUGCAUCCGGGAAGUAUCAAAAAUGUGGCAAAAUGCUUCCCUCUCCAAGUUAAAAACUUCGAUUUGAAUGGCGCGCUCUCCUUCCUCACAAAAACAGCGGGCGCGAUUUUGAAAUUGGAGUUUUUUCACUUGGAGAGGAAGCAUUUUGCCACAUUUUCGAUACCUCCCGUAUGCAAAAUGGUACGUUUUUUGCCACUGGAUCCGGUCCGCCACUGUAGUUGUAUUCGGAAUGCCUCCCGGAUGCAAUCAGAAGCACUUUUGACCACUGGAUCUUGCGCCGCAUUGUAGCUCUUAUUUCAAUAUUUUUUAGUUACAAAGAGCAAGCCGUCAAGCUGGCCGAAAUCAUUCGAAACAAGCCGAUUUCCCCGGAAGAACGAGUGGUUCAGACGGCCGAAUUUGCCGCCAAAUACGACGUUGAAGAGCAUUUGGAUAUGGACGGUCGUAAACUCAGCACAAUCCAAUUUUACAAUCUUGAUAUCAUUUUUGCAAUUAUUUCCACCGCAAUUUUAGUCGUAGUUAUUGGUUUCUUCGCUCUUCGAAGAGCGUAUAUCACAUUAUCAGGGAUUCUCGGGUUCUCCAAACAAAAACGGGAAUGA